AUGCAUGAAGAGCUCAAUAAAAUAGAAUCCUUUCUUAAAGGUGAUUCUGCAGUAAAUAGACAAUUAAGCUCAAAAGCAUGGCUCAAUAUAUAUGGGUUAAACACCAAUAAAAUCGAUAGGUCAUCCGUUUUACAGAACAUUGGAUUCCCAGUUAGAGGAGAAUAUCAUCAUUCUCUGGGAAAGUACAUUAAAUCAUGUUACGGUGACAAUCUGUUUGUAAGGAUGACGAAUGAUAGGACUGGAGACGUCUAUAAUGUUAUUGCUAAGAAAGGCUACAUUAAACAGCUAAAGAUGAAGAUUAUGCAAGCUGUAGAUCUCUAUCGCAAUCGUCUUACUUGGCUUACUUCUGGGAGUCGAUCGAUAUUUGGUGUUAUCCAAGAGCGUUCGGCAGUUUUUCUUUUGGACAUUAAAACUCAGUCUCUAGAAAUAUUCUCCAAUUUUGUUAAUUCCCUAGGGUAUUUGAUAUCGGAACAGGUAGCAAAUAUGAGGAUGGUCAACAUGAUCAGAUGUCAAGUUGAACCUUAUUUUUUUUCAGACGAAUUGGUAUCUGUGGACACCUCUACACUGAAGAAUCUGUUAGAGUGGAUAAACAAACUAGAACGUCUCUCGCCCUCCAGUUCGAACUGCACAACGGACUGCAUUUUAAGGAUAGGCCAGUUUAAAAAGAGUUUCGAAUCAGUGUAUUUAAUCACUGAAGGUGAAUCAACAAUGACGUCACCGCAACUACUUGAAAAUAUUGUCAAAAAUAUGAAACAUCCACUUCAUAUUGUAUCUUAUUGUUGUGAAGAUAUGAAAACAAUAGACUAUUUGCACAAUUUAUGCACUUAUACAGGUGGACGAUUUCAUGCUUAUUGCAUCAAUACACAUAUUCCAUUAUAUUCACCAAGCUGUUGGGAUGUAGAACAAUUUCAACAAACAAUUCGUGUUAACAAAAUUGAAUAUGGUGGUCCACCUAAAGGUUGGGGUCAACAUGAAGAUUGUGUAUUAAUAUUUGAAGAGUUAGAAGAAGCUCGAUCUUUAUUACAACGUAUCGAAGAAGUACUACAUGAUAUUGAUCGUAUACCUGAUGAGGUAUUUAAAGACUCUAAUUCUGAGUGCAGUCAAGCUGCACCUAUAAAAAGUAGUUGUGAAUUUGGCUGGAAACGUGAAGAGUAUAUGUCAUCAAAAGAAUGGCUAAGUAUUUAUGGUUUAAAAGCUCAACAUUUGGAUUUCUAUGAUUUAUUAGUUAGUGUUUCAUUUAAACACUGUGAUGGAGUUGUAAAUGUUUUGAAGCCCCCAUUAAAUGUUAAUAACAAUGAUGCAAUGGAAAGAGAAUGCAAUAAGAUUUAUGAUGAUUUUGGAAAAUCCAAUCAUUCGGAACCAGAUUCAAAUGAUUCUUCACAAAUAUGGUCUUCAAGUGCAAUUAUUCAACCAAAGUUGAUUAAUGCUCAAUAUUGUAGCAAUUUUGUACAUGUUCGAUGGAAAAACGGUAAUAUAGUUCAUGUGCAAAUUACACCUGAAAUGUAUCGUUCAUACUCUCGACGUAUGCAUUCUAGAUUAAAUGCUAUUAAACAUCGUUUAGAUCUAUUAAGACAAGGUUCAAGGGAAUUAUUUGGAACCAUAACAGAAGAUAAUGUAUAUAUUUUGAUUGAUACCAGUACAUCAAUGUUAUCUUGUAUAAAAUUUGUUAAAGAAAAAUUGUUACAAUUAAUUUAUGAACAGUUGAAAUAUAAAAAUCGUCUUAAUUUUAUCUCAUUCAAUUCAAAUGUUAAUGCAUGGCAUAAUCAUUUACAAAGUACAACUGAAUGUAAUUUAAAGUCUGCUGUAAAAUGGAUUGAAAAAUUAACAUGUGGUGGUACGACAAAUACAUUAAAAGCACUUCAAUUCGCUUUGGAAGAUAAUUUAACUGAAGGAAUUUAUUUAUUAACAGAUGGUCGACCAGAUCAACAAACGCAUACUCUUCUACUUAGUAUGCAAUUGAAUAAUCGUGUACCUAUACACACAAUCAGUUUUAACUGUAAUGAUCCUGAAGCAAACGAAUUUCUGAUUCGACUAGCUCAAGAAAGUGGUGGACGUUUUCAUUAUUAUAAUGAAUUUCCAAAUAAUGUAAAUAAACCAAAACAAUGGGAGAGUGAAGAUGUUAGAUUAUUAGAAAAUGAAUAUCAGCUUGGUUUAGAUAAUUUAGAAAAAUUAGCUCAAUUAAAAGAUGAAUGUUAUUUAUUACGUAUGAAAGCGAAUAAUGAAAAAGCCACAUUAAUUCAUUCAAAAAAUAAAAAUAAACAAUUAAAAUUAACUGAAAAAAAUCAAUACAUCUUAUCAAAUAAAUCACAAACUAUUAAUAAUUCAACAGAUACGAUAAGUUCUGAAAGAGAUUCAGCUUGUUCAGAAAAACAGAAACAAUCUAAAUGGAAUACUACAACUACCUCUAUUGUUUCUACUAUCACCAAUAAUCCAGCUGAAUUUGUACGCUAUCCAACAGUUUUAACUAAUCAUUCGAAUAUAGUUAAGCAGCAAAAGUCUACAGUAAGAAAGAAAUCUAUUGAGAAAAUGUUCAAUGAUACUUAUUAUCCAAAUUUACAAAAUUUAUAUAAAACGUCUUUGGAUGAGAAAGAUUUUCUUCUGUAUGAAACUAAACAAUUACUAGAAAGACAAAGUCAGCGGUUCAAUAAGGCUAUAACAGACGAAAUCCUUCUCAAUAAAACAAACAGAAAUUAUACAAUUCCUAACUGGUUAUCUAAUUAUGGUUUAACUGCAAAAAAGCUUCGUUUAACUGAUCUCUUAAAAUCAUUCACAGUUCGCUUACGUCCAACAUAUAUACCAGCAUUAAGACAUCAUGUUGUAUCUGAAGUAUUAAAACAAACCCUACCAAUAGCAUAUGUGAAUAAAAAAAAAUCUACAAAAUCCCCUGAGAUUCAUUUAUUCAAUCCAUUGGCAAUUAAUUUUGAACAAUAUGAAAAAGAUCUAAGAAAUGCAUUAUUCCUAAUUGAGAAAAAAACUAAUUGA